GCACCCCCGGCCUCCGGCUCCAACCCCCGUGGCUGGGACAUGCUGGGGAUUUUCUACUUGUGCCAGAUUCGGGACACGCUCCAAGGACAUGGGACUCCACGUUUAUCUUCUGCUUCUCCUCCCGCAGCUGGCAGGGGCCAUCCUGGACAUCACCCUGAUCGCCAACGUGCAGAGCCUGUCCCACUCUGACUUCUUCCUCUCCUGCGUCAUGGGGGAGCGCGACGUGAGCUACCUGCAGAUCGAGCGGGAGAACAAGAUUGUGAUGACGCACCCCAAGAUGGGCUUCCAAAACUACCGCAACCGCAGCAACCAGGUCCAGGCCAGGGGCUUCUCCAUGGCCGACCUGGUGGGGAUCCUCUACUCCCACCUCUUCCCGGUGAAGGCCACGCAGUCCGUGAACAUUGCUGAGCCAGCCACCUUCUCUGCCAGGGUCCUCAAGAAGAAGGAAAUGGACGUUAUGUGGAAAAGAAAUGGCAACUAUUACCAGACCACGGACCGAGGCGAGGUGAGGGACGACCUUGUCACCCUGAUGCUCCCCAAUGUCAGCGUGAGUGAAAAUGGGGUCUACAGUGCCACAUUCAUGGGGGACAGCCCUCUCUGGAGUGCCUUCUACCGCCUUAUCGUGAGAGCCUGCCCCGCGAAGAAAUGGGGACCAUCCUGUGAGAAGGACUGUCCCGACUGUCUGAACGGCGGCAUCUGCCAUGACCAUGUCGGUGAAUGUAUCUGCCCUCCUGGGUUCAUGGGCACCCGCUGUGAACGAGCCUGCCGGGAAGGCCAGUUUGGCCGCAACUGCCAGGAGGUGUGCCAGAGAGCCCAGGGCUGCAGGGGACUGAGCUUCUGCCUGCCGGACCCCUACGGCUGCUCCUGCGCCUCAGGCUGGAGUGGCUCCCGCUGCAGCCAAGCCUGUCCCCCAGGAUACUACGGCCCUGACUGUGCCCUGAGGUGUGCCUGCCGAAAUGGAGGCAGCUGUAACNNNNCAGCUGGGUGCCAGCCUCUCUCGUGCCUGGGGAGGUGCAGGGCCAGUCCUAACACUGACUUCUCCAUGCCAGACCGGUUCCCCCAGAUCAUCCAACUGGCCUCAGAGCUGGAGUUCAACCUGGGCUCAGAGCCCAUCGUCAGCUGUGUGGCCACUGGCAACCGCUGCCCCCCUGCCACCCCGCUGCCUGCCAGCGACAGCAGGGAGCUGCGCAAGGCCGACGGCACCGUGCUCAAGCUCAUCAAAGCCAUCAUCGAGCCGGGGCAGAUCACCUGCGAGUUUCAGGUGCAGCACCUGACAAAGGAAGACACAGGGCUCUGGGAGUGCCGGGUCUCCACGACUGGGGGCCAGGACAGCCGGAAAGUCAAGGUCAACAUCCGAGAGCCACCAGCACCCCUGAGCCCCCCACGGCUGCUGGCCAAGCAGAGCCGCCAGCUCGUGGUGUCGCCCGUGGACUGCUUCUCCGGCGAUGGACCCAUUGUAUCCACCAAGCUGCUCUACAAGCCCAAGGAUGACACCUCAGCAUGGUCAUCCAUUGUGGUCGACAACAGCGAGAACAUCACCCUCAUGAACCUCCGUCCGGUGACUGCCUACGUCGUCAAGGUGCAGCUGAGCCGGCCAGGGGACGGUGGGGAGGGUAGCAAGGGGCCUGAGGCCAUCAUGGUGACUGAGUGCCUUGAGCCCACAGUCAAGCCUGUGAUCGAAGGCUGGUCCAUAGAGGAGAAAAACACACUUCAUGUCAACUGGAAAUUGCCAAGUAACCAUGAGCCGGCACAUGGGUUCAUCGUCCACCUCUUCGACUCCGCGAGGCGGCUGGUCUGUGAGAAAAACAUCACAUCCAUCUCCGUGCUCUCCGCCCGCAUCGGGGACCUGGAGUUCAACAAGGAGUACGGGCUAGAGGUGCUGGUCUACCACUGUGCGAGCCUGGGGCCCCCUUCUGACCUCUACAAGGUCAUGAUCAACAGCAAAGGGCCCUCCUCCCCACGGUCGCUCUUGGCAGAGUCUGUGUCGGACACCGCGGUCAGGCUCUCCUGGCAGGUCCCUGAGUACCCUAACGGGGGCAUCACCAAGUACAUCGUGGAGCUGCAGCAGGUGGGAGGCACCAGCGAGCCCCAGUGGAUCGACACCGACAGCGGCGCCGAGACCACCAAGAUCGUUGGGGGCCUCAAUGCCAGCACCAGCUACCAGUUUCGUGUCCGGGCCAACUCUCACGUCCCGGGGGAGUGGAGCCAGCCUGUGAAAGCCAAGACUCUGGGGGAUGGAGCACUGAGCGUGCCGCCCAGCCUGGGCAGCCAGAGCACCGAGCAGGCGGGAAUAGACCAACAGCUGCUCCUGGCCAUCGUUGGCUCCGUGUCCGUCACCUGCCUCACCAUCCUCUUUGCCCUUCUGGCACUUUUCCUCAUCAAGAAGAAUUUUUUCCACCGGCGCCGCACCUUUACAUACCAGUCUGGCUCGGGGGAAGAGACCAUCCUGCAGUUCAACUCGGGGACCCUGACCCUGACGCGCCGCCCCAAGCCACAGCCUGAGCCCCUCAGCUACCCCAUCCUGGAGUGGGAAGACAUCAAGUUUGAGGACAUGAUUGGGGAGGGCAACUUCGGGCAGGUCAUCAGGGCCAUGAUCAAAAAGGAUGGCCUGAAAAUGAACGCGGCCAUCAAGAUGCUAAAAGAAUUUGCUUCGGAGAAUGACCAUCGGGACUUUGCCGGGGAGCUGGAGGUGCUGUGCAAACUGGGCCAUCACCCCAACAUCAUCAACUUGCUCGGAGCCUGCGAGAAUAAGGGCUACCUGUACAUCGCCAUUGAGUAUGCUCCCUAUGGAAACCUCCUUGACUUCCUCCGCAAAAGUCGAGUCCUGGAGACAGACCCAGCCUUUGCAAAGGAGCACGGUACUGCCUCCACGCUCACCUCCCAGCAGCUGCUCCAGUUUGCUUCAGAUGUGGCCAAGGGGAUGCAGUACCUGAGUGAGAAGCAGUUCAUUCACAGGGACCUGGCAGCGAGGAAUAUCCUGGUGGGAGAAAACCUGGCCUCCAAGAUUGCUGACUUUGGCCUCUCCAGAGGGGAGGAGGUUUACGUGAAGAAGACAAUGGGCCGCUUGCCGGUUCGCUGGAUGGCCAUUGAGUCCCUGAACUACAGCGUGUACACCACCAAGAGUGAUGUGUGGUCAUUUGGUGUCCUGCUCUGGGAGAUCGUCAGCUUGGGGGGCACACCAUACUGCGGGAUGACAUGUGCCGAGCUCUACGAGAAGCUGCCCCAGGGCUACCGCAUGGAGAAGCCGCGCAACUGUGAUGACGAGGUGUACGAGCUGAUGAGGCAGUGCUGGCGUGACCGCCCCUACGAGCGCCCACCCUUCUCCCAGAUCUCCAUGCAGCUCAUCCGCAUGCUGGAGGCCAGGAAGGCCUACGUGAACAUGGCUCUGUUCGAGAACUUCACCUACGCAGGGAUCGAUGCCACCGCCGAGGAGGCGUGA